AUGUCGACUGCACAUGUGGGACCAGUGGGUCCUGCGCUCUGUUUGUAUGUCUUCGCUGGGAUUAGAGAUCGUAAGAAGCCCAUCCUCGCAUUCGUACCGUACAAGUGGCCGCUCGCCCUCGACCUCCUCAAGCGUCAAUAUGAAAUUCUGUUUAGCGACCAUACCUUUGAAGGCCUGACGCCAUAUUUUGGUAUCGCGGCUACGUGCUGCAUCCAUCUGUUUGGCAUAACCGGCUACUUUACCACCGAUCCCGAAAACAUCGAGACAAUUCUUUCCACCCACUUUGCGGAUUACAAUAUCGGAAGCCGCCGCUUGGCCGGCUUACCGCUGUUUGGCGAGGGCAUAUUUACGCAGGACGGGCCGGCUUGGAAGCGGUCCCGCGAUUUGAUCCGACGUCAGUUCGUCCGCGUGCAGAAGCAGACGCCCCAGGCCUUUACGGCGCACGUCGAGGAGCUCCUUUCAGGUAUCGCUGAUGCCGUCGGGGACGACAUGGUGGUGGACCUAAAGCCGCUCAUGUUUGAGUACACGCUCAAUACCACCACGAUGCUCCUAUUUGGCGAGCCGCAUAGCAGCAUGGGGAAGUCGCAGCGGGAUGCAGUGCGGGAUAAUUUUGACUACGCUGCCUUUGGUGUUGGUAUUCGUGUUCGGCUCUCCGACGGCGCCUGGCUGUACAACCCUCCCAGACUUCGCAAAGCCUGCAAGGCUGUACGUGAGUGGGCGACUUUCUUUGCGGCCAAAGCAAUCAAGUAUAAAGACGAUUUUGGAGAGGAGGCCGCCUCGGAGAAGUACGCAUUCAUCAUCGAUCUGUGGAAGGAGAUGCAGGAUUUCGAUCUGGUGCGUGACCAGCUGCUGCACGUUCUUGUUGCGGGACGCGACUCGACAGCAAGCCUGCUGUCUUGGACUUUCUUCCAUCUCGUGCGCAACCCGGACGUUCUAGAGCGGCUGCAGAAGGAGGUUUCUUCGGCCCCCUCGAGUGGCCACAUCACCCGAGAGCAGAUCCAGAAACUGCCUUUUCUCCGAUGCUGUCUCAACGAGACCCUACGCCUCUACCCUAGCCUACCGAUGAACCUCCGCUUCACAAACAAAACCACUGUCCUUCCUCGAGGCGGUGGACCGGAUGGCAAAUCGCCCGUAAUGCUGCCCAAGGGGUCCGGAAUCGCUUUCUCCAUCUAUCAUUUGCACCGCCUCGAAUCCAUCUAUGGCCCAGACUCUGGUGUCUAUCGGCCGCAGAGAUGGGAGAGUGGCGAGCUCCUUAAGAAGGCUCGCCCGGGCGCCGGCUACGUAGACUUCAAUGCUGGUCCGAGACUCUGCCUAGGAAAGGACUUUGCUUUGAUGGAGGCGAGCUAUGCCGUGAUUCGCAUUCUCCAGGCGUAUCCCGGUCUUCGUCUCGCCCCGGGAGUCACAAAUGAGCCGAUCGGGGUAGAGAAACAGACCUAUACUAUCGGAUUAUCUCCCACAGAAGGCGUGCGCGUGGCACUAGCAUAA